GAAGGCCACAUUUGCAGUCAACGCUACUCAUCCUAGAGAGAGCGAGAGAGAGAGAGAGAGAGAGAGAGGAGAUGACGCUGAAGGUGUACGCCGAUCGAAUGUCGCAACCAUCACGGGCGAUUAUAAUCUUCUGCAAGGUCAACGGCAUCGAUUUCGAGGAGGUGAGGAUUGAUCUCGUGAAGCGUCAGCAUCGCUCGCCCGAAUUCAAAGAAAUAAACCCAAUGGGACAAGUUCCAGCUGUUGUUGAUGGAAGAUAUAAGCUCUUUGAGAGUCAUGCCAUUUUGAGCUAUCUUUCCUGUGCAUUUCCAGGCAUUCCGGACCAUUGGUAUCCUGCUGAUCUCUUCACUAGAGCCAAAAUUCAGUCCAUAUUGGAUUGGCACCACACCAACCUACGCCGUGGUGCAGCAACCUUUGUUCUUAACCGUGCCCUGGGACCUGCACUUGGUCUUCCAUUAAACCCACAAGCAGCAAAUGAAGCUGAAAUAAUUCUUAGAGCGUCCCUUUCAAAGAUAGAGUCGCUUUGGCUAAAAGGAAAUGCAAAAUUCUUAUUGGGAAAUUUCCAGCCAUCCAUUGCAGAUCUCAGCCUUGUCUGUGAGAUUAUGCAAUUGGAGGUCGUGGAUGAGAAAGAUCGCGACAGAAUAUUGGGGCCUCACCCAAUGAUUUUGCAAUGGAUCGAAAAUGUAAAAUCUGCUACCAGUCCUCAUUUUGAGGAAGUCCAUGGGAUUCUGUACAAAGUCAAGGCAAGGCUACACAGCAGGCUGGCCAACGCAAAACCUAACGAUACUCAUCUCAGCAUGAAACCCAACCCGAAGCUUUAACUUGAGCAAACUGGUGAUUUGAUGCAGCAGUUUACAUUGCAGUGACAGAGCACUAAAACAGUGUUGCUAUGUGUGUGUUUAUUUUAGAUGUUUCCGAAGGAUUAAGAACAAUCAUUGAAGGUGUCUUAUACGUGACGCAUCAUAAAAAUAAUGAUCAAAUCCAAGCUGCUGCAUAUUUCCAUA